AAUAAUAAACACAGGAUCAAGACGAUUCGAAAGAACAGAACCUUACGAUCGAUCAGCGAGCAACAUGGCUUUCAAGGGCAAAAUUAAUUCCCGUGACUUUGUGAAAAUCUUCAACAAAUUCGACGCUGAUGGCAAUGGGUACAUCGAAAAAGAAGAAGUUGACGCGUUCUUGAAAGUCUUAUUUAAAGAAAAGCAUGGAAAGGACUUAUCCAAGGCAGAAAUAGACACAUUCAAAAAAGAUGUAAUGUCCCAAUAUGACGAGAAUUGUGAUGGAAAAUUUACAAUGGACGAGCUUCGAAAAAUUUUAGACGUUGAAGAAUGUCUACUGGCGCAGUACAACCUGAAUCAACCGCUGACAAGUGUGGAUUUCAUUAAGAUUUGGAACCACUACGACGUUGACAAGAAUGGCUAUCUCGACCGCGCUGAAUUAGAGGGCUUGAUUUUCGAGCUUAAACUAGCAACCGGAGAAGGAAGGCCUAUYGAUGCUAGACAAGUAAAAGACUUGGUUGAUGCAAUAUUUGACUUGUACGAUUCAAAUAAAGACGGCAAAAUUCAACUUAAUGAACUUUCGAGACAAAUUCCAGUCGARGAUAACUUUCUGGCACAAUUCCAAUGCGGAGACUCCUUAACGAAAGAAGAGUUUGAAAAAAUGUUCCGACACUACGACCAGGACGCCAGUGGUGAGAUUGAAGGUGAUGAGAUCACAGCUCUCUUGAAUGAUGUACUCAGAUCACAGGGCGUAUCGGAAACCCCACAAGAUCAACUGCAAAGUUUCAAAGAACAAAUACUUCAAAUGUUCGAUGAAAACAAAGAUGGAAAACUGUCCAAAAGCGAGUUACAAAUGCUAUUCGGCUGCAAAUAGUUUGCCUGUCAAAUUACUUUUCAUUCUAUUUCAAUUCAUAAACUAUAACGUGUUAAACUGUUUCAGUAUAAUUCCAUGUAUUAGCAGUGUAUCUUAUUCAAUUUCCAAAAAAAAUGUUGCCAUGGCUUCAUGACGUCAACGACGAGUCACGUGAUAGAAACGGAAGUGAAGUUGUCCUGACGCAAAAAGGCUUCACAGGGCGGGCGCCCUUUCAUUUCUAGUCAACACUGUUUCAAUUUUAAGAAAUUUAUAAGAUAUCUAGAUAGAUAGUUACGAUAUUUUCCAUUGAUAAACUUCACAGCGACAAAUUUAACGGUUUGAACGUAGCAGAUUGWGAUGAAWAGUCAUGCCAAAUAUCAACAUURUGUAUUUCCAUCCUAAUUACUGGGCAAAAGAGAAAAAUUCCCGAAAAAAUCAGUUWAACAAAGUGGCUCACGUCUCACAGAUCGAGGUUCAGUCAACCCRCUGUCCAGAUUUAACGYUGAGGACCUUAUCACCAACAAAAAGACAAAAUUUCUUCACUUAUGACUAUACAUUCAACUUAAAGAAUAGGUCCCUUUUUUGACAAUUGGACUUUUCAAAUAUCAAUCGCCGCGAGAAGUCGUAAAUGUUCUCCUAAGUGAGUUAAUACAAUAGUAUGGCAACUUUCCGUUAAGCUAGAGUUGCGUACCAUAUGCGCGCGUCGACAAUGCUCUAUAACUACCARUAACUCUCAAAACGAGUACCUUCGUUACAUUAUACCGUUUCAUCGAUCACUGUAUCUUUCUAGAAACAGACGAGUGUACCAACGUACACAAUCAUUUCUUGUAAACAAUAUGUGCUUUAUGUAUUAUUAUUGAAUAAAAAUUUGACUUGUCGAAAA